AUUAUUCAACAACAACAACGAACAUUUCAUCAAACAACUUGUCAUCAAGCUCAAUUAACAGUACGUGAUGCAUUAAAUACUGCCUUAGAUGAAGAAUUAGAACGUGAUGAAAAUGUAUUUAUAAUGGGUGAAGAAGUUGCACAAUAUGAUGGUGCAUAUAAAAUAACAAAAGGUCUUUGGCGUAAAUAUGGUGAUAAACGUGUUAUUGAUACACCAAUUACUGAAAUGGGUUUUGCUGGUAUGGCUGUUGGUGCUGCAUUUUAUGGUCUUCGUCCAAUUUGUGAAUUUAUGACAUUUAAUUUUGCAAUGCAAGCAAUUGAUCAUAUUAUAAAUUCAGCAGCAAAAACAUAUUAUAUGUCAGCCGGUCGUAUUGCUGUACCGAUUGUAUUUCGUGGACCGAAUGGUGCAGCAGCUGGUGUUGCUGCACAACAUUCACAAUGUUUUGCCGCUUGGUAUUCAAAUUGUCCUGGACUAAAAGUUUUAGCACCAUAUUCAGCUGAAGAUGCAAAAGGUUUAUUAAAAUCAGCUAUUCGUGAUCCAGAUCCGGUUGUAUUUUUAGAAAAUGAAAUACUUUAUGGUCAAUCAUUUGAUGUUGAUGAUAAUGUUUUAUCAAAAGAUUUUCUACUACCGAUUGGAAAGGCAAAAAUUGAACGACAAGGUGAUCGUAUUACUGUUUGUAGUUUUUCAAAAGGUGUUGAAACAUCAUUAGAAGCAGCACAGAUUCUUUCACAAAUGGGUAUUGAAUUAGAAGUAAUAAAUCUUCGUUCAAUACGACCAUUAGAUUUUGAUACAAUAUCCAAAUCGGUAAUGAAAACAAAUCAUUUAAUAACUGUUGAACAAGGUUGGCCACAAUCUGGUGUUGGUGCUGAAAUUUGUGCACAAAUUAUUGAAAGUCCUGUUUUUGAUUAUUUAGAUGCACCAAUUAUACGAAUAACUGGAGCAGAUGUACCAAUGCCAUAUGCAAAAUCAUUAGAAUCAAAUGCAUUACCAAAAGCCAAUGAUAUUGUUAUGUCGAUAAAAAAGAUGCUCAAUUUGGAAUGAAAC